GCGGCUGCUUUGCAUACCUUGGCCUCAUUUUCUCGGGCCUUGAGAAACCUCUUAGAUCUGCUUCUGCCUCCAUCCAUCUGCGGCAAUGACUGUCUCACCAGCUCUGACCACACCUGCGCCAGGAGAAGAGCUGACCACCCCCCCGUUUCUGCAGCCCACUGUGUCCCUGUCCCCUGAAGCUGAAGCCAGCACAGCACUCAUUGCAGUUGUUAUCACCGUGGUCUUCCUCACUCUGCUCUCAGUUGUGACCUUGAUCUUCUUUUACCUGUACAAGAACAAAGGCAGCUACGUCACCUAUGAACCUGCAGAAGGUGAGCCCAGCGCCAUCCUCCAGAUGGAGAGUGACUCAGCCAAGAGCAGGGAGAAGGAGGAAUAUUUCAUCUGACUCCCAGACACCAAGGAGCUUGUACAAGCUCCAGGGCUAACACAUUGACUAUUUAAUUUAUUAGUGAAAGUUUUAUCUGAAACUAGUGAGAAGCACUGAUACAGGCAAACCUGAGCUCCCCAGGAGUCAGGUCCAAAUGUCAACGUCACUGAUACCAGGGACCCAGAGAAAGCUUCUUGUGAUGUCUCUGAAGCCAAGCUUUUGUAAUGCAGCUGGUGUUUGUGACUGAUGAACAAGAUGGAGCUAUACCAGGCAACAUUUGAGUAUGUGCCUGUUCAUCAUUGCUUUUCUCCCACUUCGAGAGAGUUAGGGUUGGUGGCUGUUCCUGCCUCCUAUUAAAUCACCUAGCGACAGCCCCAGUGGGAAGUGUCUGUAGCUCUUCCCAGAGACUAGAUACCACAGAAAAAGGCCAGGCCAGGAGGGGUGGGAGACAAUGGAGACAUUACCUCCUGAUGACUGUGUUACAUCCUUUAAUCUUAGCCCUUCCUUUCUCUAGUCCCCCAAAACGUUACACUCAUGCUAUUUUUAUCACAAUUAAAACAUUUCCAUUGAUACAGAAUUCAGAUUUUUAUAUUCUAGAAAUAACUAUUACAUUGAUUUAUUCCUGCUAAUGCUUUUUGACAUUUUCCUUGGUGUAUUUAACUCCUUUGCAUAUGUUCUCCCCCAAGUAAAAAGAACCCUGGAGAAGUUUCAGAAGUUCCAGAACUAUCUCAGGGUUGAUCCAAAGAUGAACAUGGGAAGCAUCUUUUCCCACAGGAGGGUCAUUAGAAACAUAGCCUGGGAGAUGACUUGGUUUCACCUCUGUCCUGGCAAGGGCUAGGCCUGUUCCAGAGGAAAUAAGGAAAAAUUUACCUGCCACCUUUUCCCACCAGCAUCCUUUGAAAAUCAAGCCCAGAGAAGCUUCUUGGUUCUAACAUAGUGUCAAAAUGAGGUAUGUUUAAGAGGUGCCAGGUAUUUAUAGAAAUCAUUAGCAACCCAAUAUCGUUUACUUUGGAAGUAAGCUAGAUCUCCCUUGAGAUUUGACCUCCAUUGUCCAAGCUCACAUCCACCCAAGAGUUGAGGCAUCAAUCUGAGCCACCUAAAUUGCAGGGGUUUUCAGUAUUUUUCCACACAGAACUUUGGAGAAACGGAGGGGUCACUCUGAAUUUACACAAACUGCAAUACUAUACAUUUUCCUCAAAUGUUUGGGCAACUUGGGAGGAUGAAUCAUUCGCUUACUUUAUGUUCUAAAUUCCCUGGCAUAAUAGGCUUGUAAGAAACUGAAAGGUCUCAGGAAGUAAAUGAAGAAAUCAUAAAAAUGGCCCAUUCUUAGCCUCUUAAUUAAAAAAAAAAUAUCAGAAUGACAGUAGCACCUAUCUGAAGAGAUCUAUAGAGGAAAUCUAACAAGCUGAGUAAAGAAUCCUUGAAGUAAGGUGUAAUGCAACUUCAUCACUUUAUUCAAAUCUUCAAAAUAGUCUUUAUUCUACAUUUUUAGUAUAAAAAAUCCACAAGUUAAGUGCACCACAGUGUAGAGAGAGACAUACAACGCUUAACUUCCAUAACAGUCAAUGGUACAGUCAAAUAUCACAUGUACAGAACACAAAAUUUAGAUGAACUGAAAUUAUAAGAUAAAAUAAAAUAAAAUCCAAUUUCAGAAAACAAAAAUCAAAAUAUUAAGGAUCCCUGAAAUACUCUUAACCCUAAUGAUAUUUCAUUUGACUCAAGUCAUGUCCUGUGAGGCAUUCUCAAUAUGACCCCAGGAAGCCCGUUUGGGAAUUCCUGGGAGCCAUGAGGGGCUGUAUCAGACUCUGUGACAAAAUGUUAACAGAUUUUUUAUCUGAAAACUACCCUAAUUUGGCUCUAAAGUUAUCAGGCUUUUGAAAUGUAUCUUCCUCCCUGCCCCUCAUGUUUUAACAAACUAUUACUUAGAAUAUCUUUUGUUCAAACAAAGCUCAGAUUUUCUGGCACCAAAGCAAAUUUGGGUUUGGUUCAUGUAUGAAAAGACAGCCUAUGAGGAGGGUCCAAAAGUACCCUCCACUUUUGCCUGAGGAGGUGCAAAAGCAGAAGUAAUGGGGUCUGUGCUUGCGACACAGAGGGAGUUUCAGAGGAUCCUUGUGAAAGACUAGUUAAAAGAUGACAAGUGGGGAGAAGUGCAAGGAGAGAAGGAAAUUAGUCUGACUGGCUUUCUGUCCUGCACCAUUGAUUCAGUGGAGAUUGGAGGGAAUGAAUGGAAGACCAGGGUUGAGGAUAGGAUGUGGAGCAAAGGAUGGAAAGGAAAAGGCAGACAACUAAUGCGUUUCAUUUAUAACAAGUAAUGUAAAUCAAAGACUUAAAGGAAAUUAAAGACCAAUCAGAAUAAUUUGGCAACUUUAAUUCUUAGGAAGAUCAAAGUUUCCUCCAAACCUAAUUUGAUGUUUUAUUACUAAAAGCGAAGACCAGGAUGGUACAGUAUUACUCCAGAGGAAUUCAAGGAAGAUCCAUAGGGCUACUUACUUCACCCACAUUCAUUGUAUGAAUGGAUACCUCCCCUACCUCAAAAUGCUUUAGGGAGGUACUGCUACCAUUACAUGGUUCCUUAUUAAAUUUGAAAAGUGCCUGAAAAUUUGGGCACCAGAAAGACACCCCAACAACAUGUGUCUAAACUGCAACUUCAGGUUAAUAUGACUAAAGCAGUUACAUUGUGAGAAGUGCUGAAGGUAUGUGAUGUCUUUCCCGGCACAGAGGUGGCCUUGGUUCUUCACCAGAUGGUGUAGCCACCAUCUGAGCCACCCACGAAGAAGUUUCCCUUCCGCUGAGUUACAAGGACAUUGGCUCCUCCCUGCAUGAGUGUGAGCUGCUGAGCAGCAUUAGGAGGGCAUCCAGGGGGUGGAGGCUGAAAGAAAACGAGAAGAUUGAUUGGGCAUAGGGCAGCUGAUACAGGGAAGCAGACACAGGUGAAACAGAGGCCCUAUCAGGAAGAUGGGAAUGUGCUAACCAAAAGCAUCUUAGAGAGCUAGUUCUGCUACCAAUUUGAGUUCUAAAGCAGAUCUGUAUUCUUAGUGAAGCCAAAAAAUAACCAGAAAAGAGGUCUACCACAUUCAAAGGGUUCUAGUUCCAAGGUGAAGCCUGUGGCUACUUGUGAAUAGGAGUAGUCCAGACCCUUAGGCAUUUCCAGGGUAGAGGAAAUCACUCCUACCCCAUUCCAAAAACAGAGAUGAAGUGCCAGCUCCACGGCCCUAUACCACAGGGUCCCACAAUAGUUUUCAAAUGACCGAUUGUGGAUAACCUGAAGGUUCUACCUAAUGUCGACUGUUCUCACCUUAUCCCCAACAUAUGGUUACUGAGUAAAUGAACCUAGCAAGGAUGAUGUGGGCUGUAAUUUCUGGCAUAGGGGAACUAAGCAGGAAACAUAACUAAAAUUUCUAGUAUCUUUCUAUAAAAGCUACCUUUAAAAAUCAUCAGGGUUCCUAAUAUAGUACCAUGCUGACAGAAAAUAUUAAGUAAAUGCUUAUGGAGCAAAUAAAAUAUUAAAAGUUC